UUAAAUAGUUCUGCCGUAAAGGAUCAUGGGUAAUAAAUCUAAUUUCCCUUCUCGCUCUGCGGGAGGAGGGACGAUCGUACUUCAGCAAAUCUUCCUGAGUUUUGACCGAAUGUUGUGAAUCCUCGACGCGGGACGCCCCUGAUCACUACUUUAGUGGACUAAAACAUCAUUGGUGCAGUCUUCGUGUCCGGUUGGAGUUGUCUCGUGCACGUUGAAGCUUCUCGGCCUAGCUUAGCUUAUUUAAGCUUGCUCACGAAGAGACGCGUUUGCGAUCAACACUUCGCGAAGCAGAGAGCAAGCAUAAGAGCGGAAAGUGUUGUGAUCGUCGUGUGAAAAUGUGUGCAAGAAGGACAGCAGAGUACGAGGAGGAACUUUGGGGCCCAAAAGAGGAGAAGGAGCCACAACGUCAACUACUGGACGCUGUGUUCAAUCUGCAACCUCAAACUGUGCAACGCAGAGCAGACGUCAGUGAAAAUCUUCAUCCUGAGCGGCAGCAGUCAGUGUCCCCUCACAUCAAAGCGGAAGAGGAGGAUGAAGAGGUUCAACACAUCAAAGAGGAGGAGGAAGAGUUCCUACUCAUUAAAGAGGAAGAGCAGGAGGAAAUCAUCAAGGUUCCAUCCACUGGUGUCCCUUUGAAGAGUGAAGAUGAAGGUCGAAGUGAGGAGAGACGAGGGGCGGAGCCUCCGAGCAGGAACUGCUCAAGUGAUGGAGACCACUGUGGAGGUUCACAAACAGACGAUGAUGAUGUUGAUGAACAGUCGGAAGGUGAUAUGACAUGUCACACUGCCAACAAAUGCUGGAAAUGUUCUCAGUGUAGGAAAACUUUUGCUUCUGAGACCAAUUUCAAACAACACAUGAAAAUACACACAGGAAAGAAAAAAAAUUCCUGCUCAGUUUGUGGUCAAAGAUUCUCUGUCAAGGGAAACUUAAAAACACACACAAGAACCCACACUGGUGAGAAACCUUUUUCCUGCUCAGUUUGUGGUCAAAGAUUCUCUGCAAAGGGAAACUUAAAAAUACACACAAGAACACACACUGGUGAGAAACCUUUUUCCUGCUCAGUUUGUAGUCAAAGAUUCACUCAGAAGGCACACUUAAAAAUCCACACAAGAAUCCACACUGGUGAGAAACCUUUUUCCUGCUCAGUGUGUGGUAAAAGAUUCAAUCAGAAGGGAGAUAUAAAAAUACACACAAGAACCCACACUGGUGAGAAACCAUUUUCCUGCUCAGUUUGUGGUAAAAGAUUCAAUCAGAAGGGUGAUUUAAAAAUACACACAAGAACCCACACUGGUGAGAAACCAUUUUCCUGCUCAGUUUGUGGUCAAAGAUUCUCCGUGAAGGAAAGCUUAAAAAUACACACAAGAACACACACUGGUGAGAAACCAUUUUCGUGCUCAGUUUGUGGUCAAAGAUUCUCUGUGAAGGGAAACUUAAAAAUACACACAAGAACACACACUGGUGAGAAACCUUUUUCCUGCUCAGUUUGUAGUCAAACUUUCUCUGAGAACAGAACCUUAAAAAUUCACACAAUAACCCACACUGGUGAAAAACCUUUUUCCUGCUCAGUUUGUGGUCAAAGAUUCUCCGUAAAGGAAAGCUUAAAAGUACACACAAGAACACACACUGGUGAGAAACCUUUUUCCUGCUCAGUUUGUGGUCAAAGAUUCUCUGUGAAGGCAAACUUAAAAAUACACACAAUAACCCACACAGGUGAGAAACCUUUUUCCUGCUCAGUUUGUAGUCAAACCUUCUCUGAGAACAGAACCUUAAAAAUUCACACAAGAACCCACACUGGUGAGAAACCUUUUUCCUGCUCAGUUUGUGGCCGAAGAUUCUAUUAUAAGUAUCAAGUUAAGACACACAAGUGUGCUGGUGAGAAAAGCAGUGAUCAAGAAGAUUUUCAUGCAAAUGUAAAUGUUUAAUAUAAAAGUAAUUCUUAUGUUACGGACUGACAAAAAUCUACAUUCUUUUAUUCUGUAUAGCAGCUUUUAUUGUAUCUAUCUUUCUAUCUUCUUGUCCAUAUAUUUUCUAAAAGCUCCGUGAGUGUUGAGAAUGAACGCUGGUGCCAAAAUACAUUAAAGGGACAAGUGAAAGGGGGUGGUAAAGCGGGUGGCUGUUGCUCAGUUGAGCGGGUCGUCCAGUGACCAAAGGCUCGCCGGUUUGAACACUGGCUCCGACUGUCCGUUUGUCGAAGUGUCCUUGGGCAAGACACUGAACCCUAAUUUGCUCCCAGUGAGCCUGGCAGCGCCUUGCACGCCAGCAGCCCCAGUGGUCUAUGAAUGUGUGUGUGAAUGGGCGAAUGUGAGGCUUUGUAGAGCGCUUUGGGCACUGUAAUGGUGUAGAUAAAGCGCUAUAUAAGUGCAGUCCAUUUGACAUUUACCAAAGGUGAACAUGAACACUUAUUCCAUAGUCCUGGACUUAUAAAUGAUGUCUACAGGAAAAAAAAGCCCUCCAAAAUAAACUCAGCAGUAAUUUUAGUAUCAUUUACUAAUGAAAUAUUUGAUUUUCAGUGGGGUUGGGAUUCUCUGGCACGAGGCCGAUUCGAUACAUAUCGAGAUGCACACGUAGUGAUUCGAUUAAAAAACAAUCUUUACGGGCAGAAUAAUUCGAUACGAUUCGAUUCAGUAUGGGAGCGAUACAAUUCUCGAUUCGGUGCGGAUUGGUGCAGAAAAAAUGUGAUAGCUAACAUUUGCAAAUGUACUCAUUCAAAAUUCUAAUACCAAUUCUAUAAAAUAUUUGCCUAACCUUAUUUUCAAAUAUACAGUAAAAGACCACUUAACCCUGAGCAUUGUUGCUUUAUGGCACUGUAAAAAAAAAAAGAUAUAUUAUUUUAUUUAAAUAUGUAAUUAUUUAAAUAGACCACAACAAUUAAUUUUGAAGAUUUUCUCUCCACAAAGUCUGCACAAGCAAUAUUUAAAGAGCCUUGAGUAUUUAAGUCGUGAUUACAGGCUUAGUUCAACUGGCGAUUGUUGUCUCAGUUUCGGACGUACCUGGCUGUGUGGUUUCUUUUUAGGGUCACACAGUACCAACUUGAGAAGAAGCAUUAGUUUGCUGAGUUACAGCCCAAGGAAAUUGCCGAGUUGUACCUCGCUUUGCCAUAUUGUCUGCAUGUUUGCAAUCUGUGUCGCACAUUUCGCCACCGGCUCCGUUGUCGACUGCCGACUUGAGAUAAGGUACAUAACGUGACGUUGCAUUCUAUGUUUACAACUCCUGGGGGGAACACUACUUUGCUAUUGCCAUGACUACGGAAGUAGCUUAACUACUGAAAAACUAUUUGAUAUUGUAAUAGUGACGCUACGGAAAAAUGUAGUUAAGAUAGUAGUGUCGCUAGUAUCCAGCACUGCUGUGUUUGGUUGUAAACAUAACAUUACCUCCAGAGCACAUUGCGAGACCUCUCGCACUUGUUUUAUGAGAUGAAAACCAUAAAUCUUCAGGCUACCAAAUCCUCGCCUUGCGAUAUCGGCUACGCAGCCCUCCAACGUACGUAUCUAAUUACUGCCCGAUUUUGUAUCGAUAACGGAGUCUGCUACCGAUACAGCCAUAUCUCUCGACUUGAACAGAUAUUCGGUCACACUCACAACCCUAAUUUUCAACCAUAUUUUGGCCCACCCACAUUUUGGACACUUCAGCCUGUCACAGCCUGACACAUAACAAGCAGGAGCCAAUUACAUUUCCUUAUUGAACUUCUGCUUUCCAUGGUGUAAUUUUUGCCCCUAUUGAAAUCCUGGGUGUAUUUUUUUAUACAAUGAGUGAAAAGUGUGUAAAAUGGGGCCACACGGUGGACGACUGUGGUUAGCACAUCUGCCUCAGAGUUCUGAGGACCGGGUUUAAAUCCCGGUCCCGCCUGUGUGGAGUUUGGAUGUUUUCCCCGUGCCUGUAUGGGUUUUCUCCGGGUACAACGGUUUCCUCACAAAAACAUCCAUGGUAGGUUGAAGACUCUAAACUGCCCGUAGGUGUGACUGUGAAUGGUUAUUUGUUUAUAUGUGCCCUGCGAUUGGGUGCGCCGCCUCUCGCCCGAAGAUAGCGUGGAUAGUCUCCAGCCCGUCCAUGACCCUAGUGAGGAUAAGCGGUACAGAAAAUGGAUGGAUGGACUGUUGAAAUGCCUCCUUGAGGAAAGACGACAGCCACGUCAUCCCACAUGAAAUAAUUGUUGCAGAUUUAUUUCCUAACAAAUCAGCUCAAUUUUGAAUUCAUUGCAACACUAAUGUAUAGUAUAUGUAUGUAUGUAUAGAUCAAAUGUAUGUAUAGAUCACAAAGGCGUUUCUGUAGACGAAAUCGUGUGACAGAUGUGGACUUCGGUUGGCUGUCGUAACAUCGGACGACCCAUAACGAAGGUCUCCUGUCCCGAAACUGUGGCUGAUCUGAUUUAAGCUUAUCUGAUCCAUAAAAACUAAAAUAUUGGGCUGAUUGUGUGACGUACAUGGUUAGGGCGAAGGCGAGGAACGCAAGGCAAGAACAUGGUGGACCCAAUUGCAGGGAGGCAAGGCAGGAGUGCGGGAAUCUCAAAAUAAUAUUUAAUUCCAAAAACAAAGGAAAACAAAAAUCAUGAAAAAGUCUAAAUGCUAAAUUAACAAAGUCCAAAAUCUAAACACAAAGUAACAAAGAAACACUUGAGUGAACCCAAAACAAGAAACAAGACAUGACUGGUGAAAUACCUGAGCGACAAUGACAUGGCAAGACAUGUGACAACGACAAAGAACCGACGAGAACUGAAAGAAACCAGGGAACUAAAUACAAACAAAUUGACGAGACAACGAGGAACACCUGGACAAGACGAGUGGCUAGAGAGAGCUGAUUGGUCGACACAAAGUAGACGAGAACAGGUGGACACAACAACCUAAUGAGCACACGACAAACAUGGAACACAGGAAAACAUUGAACAAAACUAAACACAACCCAAACCAAAACACAGACCAUGACAGAUUGUUGUAAUAUUUUCAGAGGUUUAAGAUGCCAUGAGUAGAGUUGUCCGCAAUGUAAGAUAUAAUACGAACUUGAACAUAGCGGUGUUUGAAAACUCAAGCAAGCUGUAUUUAAAAAUAUAUAUAUAUAUUUCGGCGGCACGGUGGACGACUGGUUAGAGCGUCAGCCUCACAGUUCUGAGGUGCGGGGUUCAAUCCCCGUCCCCGCCUGUGUGGAGUUUGCAUGUUCUCCCCGUGCCUGCGUGGGUUUUCUCCGGGCACUCCGGUUUCCUCCCACAUCCCAAAAACAUGCAUUAAUUGGAGACUCUAAAUUGCCCGUAGGGAUGACUGUGAGUGCGAAUGGUUGUUUGUUUCGAUGUGCCCUGUGAUUGGCUGGCAACCAGUUCAGGGUGUACCCCGCCUCCUGCCCGAUGACAGCUGGGAUAGGCUCCAGCACGCCCGCGACCCUAGUGAGGAGAAGCGGCUCAGAAAAUGGAUGGAUGGAUAUAUAUAUUUCCUGAAAAGAAUUUUGAAGGUGGCGGGAUUCCAGCUGACAGCUAUGUUUAUAUAAAAUAUGUCUAAUAACUGCCACUUUAUAGUAUAGUACAUUUGCUUUUCCCACAACAGCUAUGCCAGUGCUUUUCAAUUUUCGAUUAUGGCAAUGAAAAAGGGGGCGUUCAAAAGGGAAUUAUUUACCAAUUGCUUCAAAACGUUUUGAUAUUAUUGGAAAUGACUGCCAGUUUAAUUUUCUAGAGCAAAAUAAAUACAUGAAAUUACCUUGUUAGUGAAAUAUGGACCAUGAAGACCCAUACUUCCUUUGAGCAAUGCAUGCAUUUUGUCAAAUGUUUUAGUGAUGUCAACAUCAAAUAAGUAAAUGAUUGAUUGUAAUAGACUGUAAAAAAAACUUUGACUUUUGGUGCUAAACUGUAAAGUGUAUAUGUGAUCCUUAAUAAAGUACACUGCUUAAAACAGUGA